CCCACAUUUGAUAUUAACAAAUCAAAAGAGAAGAGAAUGAGGUUUACAAUGGCUACCUGGUUGUUUGUUUCCCUGGUUUUGAUUUCAUCAUUUAUCCAACACUCCUUUGCUGCAGCUCCUGCUUCUCCUCCUUCACCUGUUCCUCCAAGUUUCUGUGACAGCAAGUGCGGGGAGAGGUGUGGGAAGGCUGGAAUGAAAGACAGGUGCUUAAAGUAUUGCGGGAUAUGCUGCCAAGAAUGCAAGUGUGUUCCAUCGGGUACCUAUGGGAACAAGUCGGAAUGCCCUUGCUAUCGAGACAAGAAGAACUCCAAGGGCAAUCCCAAGUGCCCUUGAACUUCAACUUCACAUAUAUGCACAUAUAUGAUAUUUUGCCACCUUUUAUCCGGCCUUCUCAUAGUUCAUAGGGAAGGCAUAUUUAUAUCAUAAUAAUAAAAUAAUAAUAUAUUAAUAGUAUCCACGUCCUAUAAUUAUAUGGAUUUUAUAAUUUACUCAAAAUAAAUGUGAGUUCCAUCGCUUUGUUAAUUUUA